AACACACACACACAGAUCCACGGAUCAAACACGGUUAUAUUGCAUUUUGCAUACAUAAUAAUAUUUAAAUUUAAAUUUAAUAAUAUAAAUCAAUUUGCAAGCCCAAAAAUAUAGAGACAGAGACAUAGACAUAGACAUAGACAGAGAGAGAGAGAGAGAUCUGUUUACAAGAUUAUAGAAACAUAUCAUCAGAAAACCAAACCCUAACCCACAAUUCAAUCGAUUGAUUUAUUAUUUUUUUGUUUAUUAAGAUUUUUGUUUUUAAGAAAAUUAAUAAUGGAAGAAGAAGCACAACAGCAACAACAACAACAACAAAAGAAAGAAGAAAACAAUAAUAAUAAUAAUAAGCAAAGAAUAUGGAUGAGAGAUCCCCCAACGGACCGGCCGGUUCGUGUUUACGCCGAUGGAAUUUACGAUCUCUUUCACUUCGGUCAUGCUCGUUCCCUUGAACAAGCCAAAAAAUCGUUUCCAAAUACAUAUCUGUUGGUUGGAUGCUGCAAUGAUCAAGUCACUCACAGCCUUAAGGGGAAAACAGUCAUGACUGACACCGAGCGCUAUGAAUCCCUCCGUCAUUGCAAGUGGGUUGAUGAAGUUAUCCCGGAUGCCCCUUGGGUAAUGGAUCAGGAAUUUAUUGAUAAGCAUCAGAUUGACUAUGUUGCUCACGACUCUCUCCCUUAUGCGGAUGCAAGUGGAACAGCAAAUGAUGUCUACGAAUUUGUCAAAUCUAUUGGAAGAUUUAAGGAGACGAAGCGGACAGAAGGUAUUUCCACAUCAGAUAUAAUCAUGAGAAUUGUCAAAGAUUAUAACAAUUAUGUGAUGCGCAAUUUGGACCGAGGCUACUCAAGAAAGGACCUUGGGGUCAGCUUUGUCAAGGAAAAGAGGUUGAGAGUGAACAUGAGCUUAAGGAAGCUACAUGAAAAGGUGAAGAAGCAACAAGAAAAGGUGGAAGAGAAGAUCCAUAUAGUGGCAAAAACUGCAGGCAUGAAUCAUAACCUUUGGGUUGAAAAUGCUGAUCGUUUGGUUGCUGGUUUUCUUGAAAUGUUUGAAGAAGGAUGCCAUAAAAUGGGAACGGCGAUCAGGGAUCGGAUUCAGGAGCAGUUGAAGAAGGGAAAUGCAGGGGAACUCACGUAUGACAAGGAUGAAGAUGACGAUGACAGUGAAGAUGGCGAUGAGACCGAGUAUUAUUAUGACUAUAGCACCGAGGAAGAAGUGUACUCUGAUGGAGGAGAAGCUGUACCAGCAUCUCAAUGAAGUUUGUUAUUUCCUGAACGUGUAGCAAUAUGUGUAAAGGGUUGGAUGCAAUAGGUAUUGACUUGGUAUUGAAUAUGUAGGUUUUGAUAUAAGUUGGAAGUUUGUUUAUGUAAUAAUUAUGUUGGAGUUUCUGCAUUGGACAGUUUUUGAAUGUAUCAAAUGUUUUGGCCAUAAACUGUUGGCUUAUUUAAAAAUACGACAAAGCCUGUAUACA